GCGUUGAAACCCGCGGUCAGUUUGAAACAAACCAUCAAGGAUGAAGGGUCGGUGGUCCAUACACCGCGCCGUACUGGUAACGGUUAUUGGAUACCUAGUCGUGGCAAGCAGAGCAGAGACAGAAAAUGAACAAGAAAAUAGGGAUGCCGCAAUAGGUGCAUUGUAUCCUGAAAAAAAUAAUUUUUUAAAGGCGUUAGCGGCCCCAAUUCAUCGUCCUAGCGAACCUGCUCUAUUGGGGGAAUCUGACACAGAAAUUGCGGAUACCCAGACUCCCGAUUCUCAGCUGCUACCGGGCGGGAGCAUCCGUCGCAAGAGGACCCUGCACAAGCUGAAGAAGUUUGGGUUCUACGGCGGUGGUGGCGGCGGCGGUGGGGGCGGCUGCGGAUACGGCGGCUGCGGCGGUGGCGGUGGCUGCGGAUACGGCGGCUGCGGGGGCGGCGGGCCUUCUGUGAUCGUGAAGCCCGUUCCCGUUCCCGUGGCCGUUCCCGUGUACGUCAACAGGGGCGGCGGCGGCUGCGGCGGUGGCGGCUGCGGUGGCGGUGGCGGCGGUUACAACAACUACGGAGGUGGCGGUGGCUACAACAACUACGGAGGCGGCCACAAGUACCCGCACGGCGGCGGUGGUGGCGGAGGCAACUACUGCGAUGUCUGCGGGGGUGGUGGCGGGGGCGGCGGAGGUGGCCAAGCACCCCCCAGCUACUCCUACAGCCAGUCUUCCUCGCAGUCUUCCAGCGGCUCGUGGGGCAAGAAAAAAUAACUUCUUAAAAAAAUUAUAUUUUUUCCUGGAAGAGUCUAAUUAACGCAGAACAAGAGAUUGCUGUACGUAUGUGAGAACACAACAAGAGCAAUAAUUUCGAAAUAUCUCUGACAUGAAGAAACUCUCUUUUGCAACUGUUUAAAUGAGUAUCGCCAUAAAAAUAUUGACGAUAAAACACCUAUUAAAAUUUUGACUUUUAAUCUAUUUGAUAAUUAUUUAAAAUUCAUUUUUAUUCUAUAAAUGUGUUUUCUAAUGGUAAGAACGAAAUACUUUUGGACAGUGACACUGAUAUUACAAUAAUUUUGUCAUGACUUUCAUAAUUGUAGCAAUUGCAAACAAGUUACUGGUGUAUGACUUCAUAUUUUAAUAAAAUAUUUAUUAAUUUUUUUGUUCCAUUUUCCAAGACUCAAUUUUUUAUAAAUAAAAUCUAUGAGACUGAUGUAAAUUAAUAUCGU